AUGGCCGCCAGUACCUCUCUCGACCAUCUGAGCAACCGUAUGAAGCUGGAGUGGCACUCCAAGCUCAACACGGAGAUGGUCCCGGCGAAGAACUUCCGCCGUACCUCCAUCAUUGGCACCAUUGGCCCCAAGACCAACUCGGUGGAGAAGAUCAACGCUCUCCGCUCAAGCGGUCUGAACGUCGUUCGCAUGAACUUCUCCCACGGUUCCUACGAGUACCAUCAGUCCGUGAUCGACAAUGCCCGCGAGGCCGCUCGCGUCCAGACCGGACGUCCCCUGGCCAUCGCUCUUGACACCAAAGGACCUGAGAUCCGUACCGGAAACACCACCGACGACAAGGACAUUCCCAUCAAGGAGGGCCAUGAGCUCAACAUCACGACUGAUGAGAAGUACGCCACCUGCAGCGACGACCAGAACAUGUACCUCGACUACAAGAACAUCACCAAGGUCAUUGCCCCUGGCAAGCUGAUCUAUGUCGACGAUGGUAUCCUUUCCUUCCAGGUCCUGGAAGUCGUAGACGAUAAGACCCUCCGCGUCAAGUGCCUGAACAACGGUAACAUCUCUUCCCGCAAGGGUGUGAACCUUCCCGGCACCGACGUCGACCUUCCCGCUCUGUCCGAGAAGGAUAUCUCCGAUCUCAGAUUCGGUGUCAAGAACAACGUCGACAUGAUCUUCGCGUCCUUCAUCCGUCGUGGUAGCGACAUCCGCCACAUCCGUGAGGUCCUCGGUGAGGAAGGAAAGGAGAUCCAGAUCAUUGCCAAGAUCGAGAACCAGCAGGGUGUCAACAACUUCGACGAGAUCCUUGAGGAGACCGACGGUGUCAUGGUUGCCCGUGGUGAUCUUGGUAUCGAGAUCCCUGCCCCCAAGGUCUUCAUCGCCCAGAAGAUGAUGAUCGCCAAGUGUAACAUCAAGGGUAAGCCCGUCAUCUGUGCCACUCAGAUGCUCGAGUCCAUGACGUACAACCCUCGUCCCACUCGUGCUGAGGUGUCGGAUGUCGCCAACGCCGUUCUGGAUGGUGCCGACUGUGUCAUGUUGUCUGGUGAGACCGCCAAGGGUUCUUACCCCUGCGAGGCCGUCAAGAUGAUGCACGAGACCUGUCUGCUGGCUGAGGUCGCCAUCCCUCACUUCCAGGUGUUCGACGAGCUGCGCAACCUUGCUCCUCGUCCCACCGCCACUGUCGAGUCCAUCGCCAUGGCUGCCGUCAGCGCCAGUCUGGAACUCAAUGCCGGUGCCAUCGUGGUCCUGACCACCAGCGGAAACACUGCCCGCCUCAUCUCCAAGUACCGCCCCGUCUGCCCCGUCCUCAUGGUUUCUCGUAACCCCAGAGCCACUCGGUACUCUCACCUGUACCGCGGUGUCUGGCCCUUCCUCUUCCCCGAGUCCAAGCCUGACUUCAACGUCAAGAUCUGGCAGGAGGACGUUGACCGUCGCCUCAAGUGGGGUAUCAACCACGGUCUCAAGCUCGGCAUCAUCAACAAGGGUGACCCCAUUGUCUGCGUGCAGGGCUGGCGCGGCGGUAUGGGCCACACCAACACCGUCCGUGUGGUCCCCGCUGAGGAGAACCUUGGUCUGGCUGAGUAA